AUGUACAUGUCCAGUGUUAUCAAGGGCCGUGCAGCUCCUGGACUUUAUUCACAAACUUCUACUUCUAACUGCAAAGUCAAAACUCCCAUCAACCCGCACCUGAGAGAGUUCCACUGCAGCUUCGAGGACGAGCCCAUCUGUAUGUUCACUCAGGACAAGAACGACAACUUCGACUGGACCAGACACAGCGCCGCGACACGGGACACCAAGUACACCCCCAACACGGGGCCCAGUGGGGACCGCAGCGGCUCCAAGCAAGGCUUCUACAUGUACAUCGAGACCUCGCGGCCUCGAAAAGAGGGGGACCAGGCGCGCCUCGUCAGCCCGCUCUUCAACGUGGCGCCUAAGAACCCGUACGGCAUCAACAACCCGCCCGCCUACUGCUUUGGCUUCUUCUACCACAUGUACGGCAAGCACAUAGGGACCCUGAACGCCUUCCUGAAGCAGAAGGGCCAGACCACCAGUGACACCCCUGUGUGGUCCCUCACCGGUAACCAAGGCGACCGCUGGAAACAGGCCAAAGUCAGCAUCCACCCGCUCUCCUCCUUCCAGGUUGUGCUGGAGGGGGUUCGGGGCCCAGGCAUCGAGGGCGACAUCGCCAUCGACGACGUGACGCUGGAGGAAGGAGAAUGUCGAGACCCACCGCCUAAUUUAAGCUCCUCGGCUCCACCCCCAUCCUCCCAUAUAUGGCUGCUGUGCGUCGCCGCGGUGAUCACCCUCCUACAAGGCCAGAGGUGA